CGUGCACCUGAUAGUGGUGGGAACUACGCAUGCGCUUGUUGCCCCUUCUGGUUAAACUUUUAGACUUUAAGUAACCAGAAAAUGUAGAUUGGCUUGUUUUGUAUUCAUGUUUUGCUGUUAUUAUCGUGAACUUGCACACGGAGAGACUCUCAUCUCUUCUAUGACGCAGGAGGAGCGUGAAGAAGGACCGGAACCCCUGCCAUGGAGCUGAAGCACCAGAUUCGUUGCCCUUUCAUCUCACACUCCAACAUGUCAAAGAAAACAUGUUCAGAGAUCAUCCGGGAAGCCAGGCAGUCACUGCGGGUCCAGUCUACCCAGAGACCCUUCACUCCAAAGGAGAGCCACAGGCAGCUCUUUGGAGCAAACUCUGUUCGAGCAGGACAUGACAAUAGACCAUCCUCUACAUUCAGUGUGUGUGCUCGGAACUUUGAUGCUUCAAACUCCAGACCGGCUUCAGGAAAUCGUCUUCCUCCUCUGAAUCAUAAACCCACAUUUCCAGUGCCCAGUGUUGCUGAAACUGUUCCCAAACCCCCACUGGAGGCCAGGAGAGGGCUUGCAGGAGCUCGGGUGGCCGUCCUUAAAGCUGGAGCUGUUCCCACUUUGCAGCCUUUACAAACACACACAAAAAAUGAUAAAUCCAGACUGAAUUCAGGUUCAGAUCCAAAGCCCCUGCCAGCUAGGCGUACCACACCUCACAGAGGUCCAGUUAAACCUGGGACUCACAGACCGGCAAGCGAUAGCUCUAAAACAGUGCAGCCCGUUGGAGACAAAACCACAGAGCAAAGCCAUCACAAAACAGGUCUUAAUGAUGGAAACUCAAGCACAGAGGAUGCAGAUGCGUUGAUGUUUAAAAAUAAGGUUAUUCUUCUCCUCCAAGAGCUGGAAAGUGAGGCUGCAGGCAGUUCAACGGCCUCCUUGACGCACCUGUGUGAGCUGUGUGAGCGUCUCCACGGUACCCUGAGCGAGGCCCGCAUGCUCGGUCGGCACUGUAAGACGAGGUCAGAGAUCCUACGAAUCUUGUUCCGUCUCAUUGAUCUCCGGUCAGCUCAGCUCAGCCUGCACAUCGCCAAGCUCUGCCUUGCUCUCUCUGUCAGUGGAAACAAUCUGCUCAACAUCUGUAAACUCAUCUACAAGAUUAGCCGCAGUGAAAGCAAUGAUAUCCUCUUCAGACACACGUCUAUCAUCGAACUGCUACUGGGCGUGCUGAACACUGAAGAUGUGUGUUUGUCAGGAGAAGCGUUGCUGUACUGCGUUGCCACUUUCAAAUUUCUCUCUGGAAACACGUCGGUCCUCAAAGUCUUGCUUGACCAGAACUUUGUUGCUGUGGUUCAGACGCUCAUCUACAAGCUCUGCAAGGCAGAGGAGGUCAACCUCACAACUGCAGGACACAUCCUUGUACAGCUGACGGCCACUUUGAGGAAUCUUGCAGAUCACCCUGAGGCCCGAACGCUCUUUAUCUCCAUUUCAAUUCUGCCCACUCUCUGCAUGGUGCUGAGUCUGCACUGGGACGAUCAGGAUGUCUGCACUAACAUCUCCAGAAUUUUCAGUAAACUCUCAUCUUACUCUGAGUGCUGUCUCGCUCUGGCUCAAAUCCCUGAAUCCUACCCAACGACUUUAGAAGUGCUGAGCAAACACCCCCAAAAGCAGGACCUCGUCGUGCGGCUUCUCUUCACCCUCGGGAACCUCACAGCCAAAAGCAGCGAGUCCCGGCAGCAGCUCUACGAGUGCGACGGCUGCAUGGACACUGUCAUCCAGCUAUACAACAUCUACCAGAGGAGAGACCAGUUGGCCCCGCAGAAAGAUCCUGAUGCCCCUUCCAUCAGUCUGAAGGAAGCCGAUGAUGUGCUGGUGAAACUGGUCAGGCUGCUGGCGAACAUGAGCAUCCACCCAGCUGUCGGACCUUUGCUCGCCGCAAACACGGCCUGCAUUCAUCUUCUGAUGGAGACGCUGGAGCUGAGAUCUAUGCAGGAGAGCGAGGAGCUGCUGGUGAAGGUGGCUGCCACCAUCAACAACCUGUCAUUCUAUCUAGAAGAAAGCUCAGAGAUCAGAUGCAAUCAUCUCACCACAGCAAAGUUGAUGCUGAAGCUGAUGCUGAGUUCCAGCAUGGAUGCCACGCUGGAGGCCACUCGCAUUUUUGGCAACCUGUCGCAUCACAAGGAUGUCCGGGACUUUAUCAUGCAAAACAAAGUGCACCGGUUUGUGGUGACUCUGCUCGACUCCGGGAGUGCUGAGAUGUGCUUUUCUGCCUGCGGGGUCCUGACUAACCUGGCUCUGGACCCCCUCAACAGGGUCCGUCUGGCGUCAGAGGGAGCAUUAGCCAAGCUGGUGGACUGCCUGGGAGAUUUUGGACCAUGUGACUGGCAGCUAGCAGGCCAGGCAUGCCGGGCUGUGUGGAAUCUGACUGGUGGGGGUUCAGAAGAGCUGUUAGACACCCAAGAAAGAGAAAUGCUGCUUAGGAUUCUCACCACAUACUUAGAUGAAGGCGGUCUGGAGAAGAUUGAAAAGGAAGUUAAAAUGGAACCCCACAGUGCAUGCUGGGAGUUAGAGUUCCUCCCUAUUGCUGAAGAACUGAUGAAGGCACUGCAGGGUCCGGACCUCACAGCUGAACAUACUCCAUGUUUUUAACUGCAUUAUAGAAGCAGUCAUUCUUUAUCUUUAAGGAAUCAAUUGUGUGCUGUUUUUGAACGUGAACAGACAUUAAAUGGAAACUCCUCAUCACCUCCUGAAUAUAAAUAUCAGGUAAAUGUCUUCUAUACAACAAAUUAAACAAACUGUAACAAGGAGACUGAAUGCGUUUAAGUAUUAAUUAAGAAAAAAAAAACGUUAACACUUUAUAAAAAGGGUCCCUUUCUUAAUGUUGGUUAGUUCACUACUGCAUCAAGUAAUAAUGUAAAGUAAUGCAAAACACUAUAUUUAAUAUUUAGUCAAUGUAUAACAGAAGCAUUAGCCAUCAAUUUUUCUAAGUCUGUUUUGUCCCGUUCAGGGUCACAGGGCUGCUGCAGCCUAACCCCGCCACUCGUGGCCGAAAGUGGGGGACACCCUUGACAGGUCGCCAGUCGCAGCGCCACAAUCAUACCCACCUGGGGACAAUUUAGAGUAACCAAUUAACCUAUAAAGCAUGUUUAGCUGGAACAAAACCCAUGCAUGCACUGAGAAAGCGUGCAAACUCCACACAGAAAGGUCUGCACUAGUGAUUCUGUUCCAGGUACCCCAGUCAGGACUUAAACCAGGGCCCUCUUGCUGUGGGGCAAGAGCGCCAACCACUGCCCCACCAAAAACAAACAUUAACAUCAACAAAGGGACCCUUAUUUAAAAAAAAAAGGAAAACUAUUGAUCAUAUUUUCUGGAUGAAACACAAAGUUAAACCUUGUUCUUAUGUUGCACUGGAGAGACACUUUUUUUACUGACCUGGAGUUCGCGUCUUCAAACUUUUACCGCCUUUGCUCGUGUAGAAUUUGAACUGGUGGACAGUUAAAUAGAAAAUAAAAAAAUUCUUGCUUCUUAAAGUGUUUAUUAUUACACAGAUAUGGGGCCAGGCAGUGCUUACAAGUUACACCAAGCAGCCAAAGUACAGCAUUUCAAAAAUCACAAUUGUAUUACAUUGAAACAAAUCAAAAACAGUACUUGAAGUUCACCCCCCCCUCCCCCCUCCCCCACUACCUCUUCUCCCAGUGCUCACACAGUAGUGACCUGUUGACACCCAGACAACAAAGGCUUUUAAAGCCACUGAAAAAGCUGUUGGCUGAUAAAUAGCGUCAUACUCCAUACAAAUAUGGCGAAGCCACUGAAACGUAAGGGGAAGGAAGGUUCCUGCUGGUGUUGUCUGACAGAGAUGAGCUCCUGUGGCCUUGAUGGGAGAACACUGUGAAGAUGAGGUCAUCAGCCUCAGCUGGUGAGUUAAAAUGAUGGUCAGGAGCAAAGAGAUGGAACACUGACUGCACUUUGACCAUAGACUGUUAACCUGCUUCUCAAUGGGUCAUACAGUGACAUAAAACUCAGAUUUGUAUGCCGGUAAGUCCCUGAUCCUUUCCCCUGAGCUCAGCUUAUUGUAACUUCAGCUUUUAUCUAACAGCUGAAUGAACUUUGAACCAUUUUAUAGAGUAAAACUCCAAACUUUUAAAUGAGUCAUCCGUCAUUACUUUGACAAGUUAACUCAUUUCUUUGCUGAAGAGUAACAACGACAGGAUGGACACUAAUUGUGCUUCAGGUCUUCGCAUCCCAGAUUUUCUCAAACUCUUUUAGGAGAAAACUAUCAAUGAUACACAACAAUGCAGUCUUAUUGUUUAUUUCUUUUCUGAAAUUUUUCAUAUAAAAAGUGUAUCUGACAUCAGUCAGAGGCUUUAAAAAAAAAAAAA